UGUCUUAAAAUCCGAACUAUCCCUUUAAGGUGAAUUUCCUUUCCUUGCGCUUCCUCUCUGUCACUCACGCGUCUUUCUCUCAUACACACACACAGGCACACACAGCCCAUCACCUCCGCGCACACCGCGUCUAUCUCCAUGAAAACCAACAAGAUCAUCCCUGGAAGCGUGGUCGGUGGUCGCACUGAUGAACCUGACGCUGCUCGGGUAGAAGCAUAAAGUUCUCCCGCAGCUUUUGUAGACUAUGCGUGCAACUAAAUUACCAAACAGUAGAAGUAAACUCAUUCUCCUUGGCCGGCUCUCGUGCGCGCUCAAUGGACACCCGCCAUCGACAUGCAUAUUUAAUCCAAAUAAAACAUUCACAAUCGUGAACGCAUUGACGCACAGAACUAGCUAAAUUACUGUCAAAUUCGGUUAGCAUCAUUAGUAGGCUAUGCUGCAGGUAUUUGAUUAAAACUCUUGCAUUCAAGUUGACUGACCAUCUCAAUACCAAUAUUUUCAACUCCAAGACUUAAUGGGUCUGUCCCAAGGAGAAAAAGUAUUAGCUUACCUUGAAACUUAAACACAUGUGGGGAAACUGAACAGUCCAACCAGUAGAGUAUGAUAAGCUUAGCCUGCUACUUUGUUUACAAUAUUUUGAGGCUUCCACCAGACAGCUGAAUUUAAGAAGUGGAGUUGUAAUAUGAAUAGUAGGCUAUAAUCUGCAUAAUGUUUGCUGCUAUGAAUACCAGAAAUGUCAGUAUAUUAUAUAGAAUGUAAAUAAUUACAUAAUGUGUGUGCUUCAAAUAAAGACAAGCUUUACAUCUUGUUAAAAACAUAAUUUACAUUAUAUGAAAGGAGAGCGAUAAAAAAGUGAUGCAAUGAAAAUAUGGGUGCACAACGUUUAACGUCGGGGUAGGCUGCAAGGCGAACAGGGCUUACACAAGGGCUUUUAGCCAUCUCUACAGAGCAGCGUUUUAAGUGAAGUCCAACCUGAUAGACAGGCCUACUAGUUGAUUUAGGUUCAAGCCUUCUCACAGUCGCUUAUUCCUAUUAGGACAAUCACACUCACACACCUGGAAACGGUUUCGAAGAACAUACUAGCUCAUCCUGUAAUAUGUGUAGUCUACAUAAAUUAUCCUAGUAAGCUAACGUUACAUUUGCUAGAUAUCCUACCUGUUGCUGCAUCAUCGUUGAUUGGCGUUGUUUGAGAUUGUAUUCCGUACAGUAUUCCAAUGGUGUCAGCCUAGGCCUACUUUUAACCUGCAUUAGUGUAGAUAUGAAGGCUAUGUAAGCUAUCCUACCAGUCGUUUCACUGUAGGCUACUUAAAGUCAGCUCUUGCAACUUGAAGUUGGCAACUUCAUUUCAGUCUUUUAAAUUCUAAUAAAUGAAGAGUUAUUUUCCAAAAUAGCCUAUAUCCACAAUUUUGAUGCAUUUUCAUAAAUCACUUUUUAAAUGUGACUUUCCAACUUGGAAUUGUAAUUGUUAUUUAUCUAUUCUUCAGUUUAGCCUAGUUGUCUUUUUAACUAUAGGCCUAAUAUGUUUUACACAGCUAGCAACCUUUUUGCAUUUACAUGCAAUGGUAAUUCCUUCCAUGGAAUUACAUUUUCUAGUUUUAGAUAGUAACUGUGUGGUAAUAAUUCACCUAUACCACCCAUAGCCUAAAUUAAUUAAAUGUUUACUAUGAACAAUAGUUAAAUGAAACACACAGUAAUACUUUCUAUAACACUUUGUGUUGGAUGUAAUUCAUUGAACCUAGAAUUGUUAACUGCUAUACAAUAAGUGGGCCAAACUUCACAGUUUAAGUCUCCACACAUAAGCUUGCCUACUGAGUCUAAAAACAUAGCUCCCACUUUCCUUAGCUGGAGGGGAAUUCUGAGAUUUCUCCCUAAAGCAGAAACUAUUAUUUUUACCUAAUUAUUAUUACUAUUAUUAUUGGGAAGGUUAUAGGUUUGCACUGAUUCAGGUAGGGUAGUGGCACUAUACUGGAUGGUAUAUCGGUUAGAAUAUAGGACGGAGAAGAGAUGGGGUUUAACUUUGUAUUGUUCCAGCAGAGACAUUAAGGAUUCCAUACAUACAGAGAAAUAUAGGUAGAUGGCUAUUUAUAGAUAAUAUAUCUGCAGCAUACAGAUAUGCAUUGAAUACUAAGCUCAUUAAACUGAAUUGUAAGCCAGGACACACAUACAGCAACGGCAACGCUAACCCCUUCAAGAAAGAAAAGAAACCUUUUUGUUCGUGACUACAGUUAUUAUGUGGUCAAUAACGCCAUCUAGCGGCGUAAACGGUACUGUGUAAUAGCGUUAACUCGCACAGCACAGGUACAAACUUCCUCCAGUCGGAGAUUGUUAAUGAGGGCUAUCUUUUACUGUCUAUGUGGCUAAAGGACUGUAUGGAUUGAUUGAUUGAUUGUGUUGCUUGGGUGGCGUCAGUUAGAACCAAAGAUCAUACAGCGCUAGAAUCUUUGGUUAGAAUACUGGUUGUGAAGCAGUAGUUUCUCCUUAGUUUCUUUAUUGAGUUUUCUUCCACCAUACAACAGCAUGAAUAAACUUAUAAUGUAUAGUGGUCUGUAAAGAACCAAAUAAACUGUCAUUAAUAUGGUCACUAAAUAAACUGUAUCGCUAUCUCUCAUUCUAUAAGCUCAACUUCUCACACAAGUAACACAGGCUUCCUUCAUUUCAAACCCUUAAUGCUAAUGCUCCGUUUAGCAUGCUAAGUCCUUGCAUAUCAACGUGAAAGAUACAUCCCACUCCCAAUACACAUGACCGAAGGUUACGGUCACUUACUUUUGUUGUCAUACACGCACACAACUUCAACUUAAGGUAAUUGGCAGUAAACUCACUCAAAACUAACGUCAUGAACUUCACCAACACUGUGGUGUACUACUAGAUAACGUCUCUAAUGAACUAGCAUGAGGCUGCACGAGAGGGCGUCACUAGGCAACAACACCUCAACAGAAGAAGAGUACAGAGAUGCAAGACUAGUCUACGUCCUUACAGUAGAAACGCUAAACAGUAGAUUCUUAAGCUAAACACAUGUAGUAUUAUAAUUUCAGAGAACACUUACAGUAUAUUACUUCAUGGAAAUCAUGUCAAGAGCAAGUUUAAGUGUAUUAGCAAACCUCUUGCAUACCAGUGUGAAUUAACGAUGUAUGUAUCAAACUUACUUUUUGUCAAUGAUCGCAUCUCUGAAUGUAAAGGGCUGGAUUACUCAGGAUAACUGCAGGAAUUGUCUAAGGGUAAAUUAAUUAUCUAUGUUUUUUGUGCACAGCCAUCUGCUCAUCAUCACAACAGAAAACGAAACUUAAAAUCCUCAGACAGGGCGACCGCUCUACUUCCGGUAUUUCGCCGAAUUUGGGAGUGAAGUUCACCCAGAAUGCUCAGGUCAAUACAAAUCAUCCAAAACACACCGUCAGUAUGAAACAUCGUGUGAUUGUCGAGUAUAUAUACCAAAUGAACACAAGCAAUGUCUAACAGCGCGUAAGUCCGUACUUGCCCCUCGGGGCCAUGGCAUUGCUAAGAUAUACCAGUCUCAGGAUGAGACAUCCCGAUGCGGACCACCCUAGAACUACACCCACAUUGCACCGUUGCGGACCAUCUCAGCCAUCUAAUGAAUGAAUGACAAGUGCAGGUCUACCAUUAGAUCAUGAGGAAAGUAUGAAAUUACAUGGCAGAACCACAUAGAGCUGUGAUAAUUGCACCAAUUACUUUUACUAGAAUGGCCUUGAUUUGAUUUUUUUUUUAAAAUAUCAACAUUGUAUCUUAAAUCACUCUGAAAUGUCAUUUCUGCAUGACCUAAGCAAUUUAAGAUGAGCUAUUCCGAAUAAUAGUAUACAUUCACCAACACACACGUUUUUGCUAAUUAUAGAGCCAUCGACAGACCAAAUAACACCAAAUUUAUUGAGGGUGCUUUGGAUGGGGUCUCAUGUCAUCCCACCAAAUAUGGCUAUCAUACGUCACAGAAUUUCCAAGAUAGGCCCACUUCCUGUUUGGCGGCUUCGCUCGCUGAAUUUAAUUGGUUAUCACAGGCGAACGCUUGGACGUAUGAAGGCGAAAUCAAGGCGGCUGAUCCGCCUUUGUCUGUAGAUCAUGUGUGCCAAGUUUCAUGACGAUCGGAUAAACUAUGCGGCCAGGGUAGCUUUACUUUGACUUUGGACAAAAUUCAAAAUGGCGGAAAAUCCAUCAUGGCGGAAAAUGACAUCAUAUGGUGCGUUGGAAUCGGCUGAGUCAGAGGAUUCCAAUGGUAUAAGUUUUAUCAAAAUCGGCCAUACGGAUCAAAAGUUACGGGCAUGAACGUGUUUUCCAUCUUUGACCAGUUGGUGGCGCUAGAGCGUGAGAGUGGCGAGCAUGAAACCUGGUGGUGUCAAUCAGGGUAGUCUCCUCUAUCAGCAUACCAAAUUCCAUGACUUUAUGUCUUACGGUUUGGGCUACAGGUGGAAAAAUGUGUGGGCAUCAGCGCUCAAAAGUCGCUUUUCCAUUCAUUCCUAUGGGGAAAAAUCGACCGGAAAAACUGGAAUAACGGGAGAACGACGAGGCGUAUCGAAAAGCUUUAUACAAGCCACCAUCCUCGCAUCAGGACGCACGCGUGAGAAGUGGAACGGCGUCUCUAGCUCCAAAUCCCUAGGACAAGAUAGGGAGACAAAAAUGUUCCGCAAGAUAAAUAAAUUUGAUAAUAAUAGGAAGAACAAUAGUGUGCUGCUUUCAGCAAGCACACUAACUAUAAAGGUGAGAAAAGCAGGAGGAAAUGCAUCAGCUCUAGGAGCCCCAUGCUGCACACGUCGUAGCCACAGCUAAAUACAAAGCAAGUGAGAGACCUCCAUCACCUGCACCCAGCAUGGUGUCCAUGAGAAGUGACAACUCUAUGGGGUAUCGUCCGAACUUGAGAGAGCAGGAUGAUUCUAUGAAAGAAAGAGAGAAGAGACCUCCCUCACCUGCACCCAGCAUGGUGUCCAUGAGAAGUGACAACUCUAUGGGGUAUCGUCCGAAUUUAAGAGAGCAGGAUGAUUCUAUGAAAGAAAGUGAGAAGAGGCCUCCCUCACCUGCACCCAGCAUGGUGUCCAUGAGAAGUGACAACUCUAUGGGGUAUCGUCCGAACUUGAGAGAGCAGGAUGAUUCUAUGAAAGAAAGAGAGAAGAGACCUCCCUCACCUGCACCCAGCAUGGUGUCCAUGAGAAGUGACAACUCUAUGGGGUAUCGUCCGAAUUUAAGAGAGCAGGAUGAUUCUAAGAAAGAAAGUGAGAAGAGGCCUCCAUCACCUGCACCCAGCAUGGUGUCCAUGAGAAGUGACAACUCUAUGGGGUAUCGUCCGAACUUAAGAGAGCAGGAUGAUUCUAUGAAAGAAAGACAUCAGCCAGAGCCUGUUAAAGGGCAAGAACAACUGAAGACAAUCAGUGAACAUUUAAUGAAGAGUACAUCUGGAGGCAGCACCCAACAUAUUAGUCCUUCCUCCCUGACUAACAUCUACACAGAUUUAAUUAUUACUGAGGGAAGAGAAAUAGAGGUAAAUUAUGAACAUGAGAUUAGACAGAUUGAGAUGUUAUUCAGAAGAGCUGCUACACAGACUACAACAAUUAACUCCUGUGAUAUAUUUAAACCUCUACCUGGACAGCAGAAAGACAUUAAGACUGUGUUGACAAACGGCAUUGCUGGCAUUGGAAAAACAGUCACGGUUGAAAAGUUUGUCCUAGACUGGACUGAAAAUAAAGCCAAUCAAGAUAUUCAGUUAAUUAUUCUCCUUCCAUUCAAAGAACUGAAUGUGUUUAAAACAAGGCUUAUAAGUUUAACAGAGUUACUGGAACACUUUUGUAAGCCGAGGAAAGAUAUUUGUUCUGUGUUGAGUGAUUCCAACAUCAUGCUAAUCUUGGAUGGUCUGGAUGAAAGCCGAAUUCCACUGAGUUUCACAAAUGAGGAGAUGUGCCAUGACGCAACACAGAUAACUUCAGUGGAUGUGCUCCUGACGAACCUCAUUAAAAGGAAUCUGCUUCCCUCUGCUCUCCUCUGGAUCACCACCCGACCAGCAGCAGCCAGUCAGAUCCCUCCUGAGUUCAUUGACCGAGUGACAGAUAUAAGAGGCUUUAAUGACUUACAGAAAGAGGAGUACUUCAGGAAGAGAACCAGUGAUGAGAUCCUGGCAAACAGAAUCAUCACACACCUGAAGUCAUCCAGGAGCCUCUACAUCAUGUGCUACAUUCCUGUCUUCUGUUGGAUUGCAGCCACUGUUCUAGAGAUUAUUUUCAGUGACGCAGAAUGGAGGGAAAUCCCCAGGACUAUCACUCAAAUGUACACUCACUUCCUGAUCACUCAGACAAAUGUCAAAAAGGAAAAGUACAUGAUUAGAAAGGAAAAAGAUGAGGAAAUGAUUAUCAAACUUGGGAAACUGGCCUUCCAUCAGCUGGAGAAGGGCAAUCUGAUCUUCUAUGAAGACGAUCUGAAAGAGUGUGGAAUUGAUAUGAAAGAAGCAUCCGUCUACUCAGGAGUGUGUACUCAGAUCUUCAGAGAGGAGUAUGGGAUGCACAAAGGAAAGAUGUUCUGCUUUGUGCAUCUGAGCAUUCAAGAGUUUCUUGCAGCUCUUUAUGCACAUAUCUCUUGUCUUAGAGACAGCAUAAAUGUCUUUGAGCCAUGUCAAACCAUCACACCCAUGAGAGGUCUCAAAGACUUACAUGAAGAGGCAGUGAAUAGGGCUAUUCAGAGUCCAAAUGGACACCUUGAUCUGUUCCUACGCUUCCUCCUGGGCUUGUCAACAAGGUCCAACCAGAGACUCCUAAAGACCUUAUUGCCAAGGAUGAGACAAAGCAUGAAGCACAGCUCUCACACAGUCAAGUACCUUAAGCAGAAGAUCAAGGAGAAUCCUUUACCCGAGAAAAGCAUCAAUCUAUUCCACUGUCUGAAUAAGCUGAGUUAUCAGCCAUUGAUUGAAGAAGUCAAAACAUUCCUGCACUCAAAGAUCCUCCACAAAAUCAAGCUCUCAACUGACCAUUGGGCUGCCCUAGUCUUCAUUCUCUUUACCUCAGAGAAUGACCUGGACGUGUUUGACCUGAGUCACUACAUGGGAUCCAAUGAAGCUCUACAAAUGCUGCUCCCUGUUGUUAAAGUCGCCAAACGACUUUUGAUUAGGCAGUGUAACCUGACAGAGAAAAGCUGUGAGAUGCUUGCUGAUGUUCUCCGACCAAAGUCGUGGAUCAAAGAGCUGGAUUUGAGUGGGAGUCACCUGCAGCUCCGAGAAGUGAAACUACUCUGCUCAGCUCUGGAGUCUGAAGACUCUAACCUGGAGCAAUUAAGGUUGAAUGGCUGCAAACUAACCGAAGAGAGUUGUGAUGCAGUGGUUUCAGCUUUCAGCUCUAAUUCAGCAAGUUUAAGAGAACUUGAUAUGAGUGGAAACCAACUGAAUGACUCUGUAGUCAAGAAGCUCUCCGAAACUCUAAAGACUGUAAAGUGUCAACUCGAGGUGCUGAGGCUGAGAUUGUGUGGUGUAAAACAAGAAGGGUUCAGGAAUUUGACAUCUGCCCUGCAAGCAAACCCAUCACACCUGAAAGAGCUGGACCUCAGCAUGAACACGUCAGGAGAUGAGGAAGUUCAUGCACUGUGUGAGGUUCUGAGCAAACCACAGUGCAGACUUCAAGUAUUCAAGUUGAAUAAGUGUGAGCUUACUCAGGACUGCUGCCCGUCUCUGGCAUCCAUCAUGAGCUCGGAGUCUUCUACUCUCUUAGAGCUGCAUCUGAGAGACAACAAGCUUCACGACGCUGGAGUGGAGAGACUAGCAGCCGGGCUAGAGAAAGCUCACUGCAAGCUACAGGUCCUCAAGUUGUGUAACUGUAGCGUCUCAGGAAAAGGCUGUGGAUUUCUGGCUUCGGCACUGAGACAAAACCCUUCUCACCUGCGGGAGCUAUAUUUGAACUGGAAUCAUCCGAAAGAUUCGGGAACAAACCCCUUGACAGAGCUCCUGGACAGUCGUCCUCCAGACCUUAGACUGGAGAAACUCGAGAUCAACUCAGUGGAAUGAGGAUGUUGACUUCUACCUGAAUAAAACCAGGACCUGGCUGCUAUCACAGUCAGAUGUCAAAUCUGUCAAGGAUCCCACACCUGGAAUACCAUUACCAUUUAUUCAGUUAACAGAUGCUUUUAAGCAAUAUGAUGAUGUCACAUGGUUUCUGGAUACCUUAGGUCACAUGGUACCUAACUGAUGUUCAGGUGAAGCUGCAGUGGUGUCACUACCUGUGGCUAGUUGAUUGAUGAACAAAUAGACAAACUGACGAGAAAAGAAAUAUAGACAGGCUGGCAGUAGUGGUGUGACAGCAGUGGCACUGGCGGUGUGAACACACACACGCACAGCAGUUGCAGUAGUUCAGUGAGGUCCAAACCGUAAUGGCCUCCCGUGAUUGAAAUGGAAAGAGCUACAGGAAUUUGGAGAUCUCUUUCUACACACUGCUGUCUGUGCAUUCCCUCUAUAUUGUGUGGGAGUCAUUUUCAGUCAUAUUACACAAGAUGCAUAUUUACAGUAGUUUGUUUAUUAUUGCACAUCUCAACUGUUGGGGGACCCUGAAAGCUAAUCUUCUAUAGUGCUGCUUUAAGCCGGUAUGGUCGUCAGUCCCAGCCAGAGGGCUGCACAGGCGUGUCGUGCCAUUUUUGCAUUAAUCAUUCACCACCCCAACAAUAAUAAAACAUUUGAUUAUUGUUUUGAACUUUUGCGAUGUGUAGCUUGUUUGUUUAUAAUUACUGCAUUUAUUUUAUUUGUAGUGAUUUUGUAACAAACUUUGUUUGGUACCCUUAUUAUUUUACCUGUGUAGAUGGGGUGGAGAAAUCAACCCCUGCAAAUAAAGGGCUGGUUAUCAUUUUAGCUUGAGCCAGUGUGUUUUGCAGACAUUAAUAGUGUCUGUAAUCACAGCGCUGCCAGAUACUUUUGUUUGUUUACUAUUGGACAUUACUAGUUUCCCUUCAACUGUUUUGCAAGUACAUUUGGACUUUCUACUGUAAAUAUAUUGGGUGAUUCUAGCAUUCCCAAGCCAGGAAAUGUAUUUGUCUUUCCUCCCUUUAAAAAAAAAAAAAAUGUUUUAGAACACAUUUUGCCACAGCAAAUGCUUUCUGUAACUGCAGAGUCUACAAAGCUAUCUUAGUCUUACUGUAUAGUUCUGGAGGGUUACGUGUAGUUUUUUUGUUGUGAGUAAUGUGAACCAUAAAGCAUUACAACAAUUAAAAGUGUUUUGCUAUUUCACAUUUGUUCCUCUUUUACAAUGUUCUUUUGGUAGAAGUCUACCAAUUUACUAAGAUUUAGUUUCAUAAUAAACCCAGAAAGUAAGAAUUAA